CAGCCGCAAGUUGUAUGCAGAUCUAGGACCGCCGUGGCUAAGAACAAGUGGCUCCGAGGAAGUGAUAAAAAUAGCAGGAUGAAAAGUGGUCCAAAUCAGCUGUAUUUCCUGGUUCUACUGGGUCUCUUUACAGGUUACGCUUGUGGGAACCAGACCACGGUUGGCAAGUCCAUUUCACCAUCAGACACAUUAAAUGCCAGCAGCUCCGGAACAACAGAAGCCACUCUGUCUCCUACGACUGAGAAAGAACGCCCCAAAGCAAACCCCCUGCCUACACCACUGGGCUAUGUGUCCAUGACGGUGGAGCCUGGACGCCCCUCUUACAUAGUCACCGAAGGGUCUUCUGCCACUCUAGAGUGCGAGUUCAAGGCCCCCACUGGGGCCAAAGUCAUUUGGAAAAAGACUUGCUCCUCCAACUGCAGUGAAAACAUUGCUGUCAAUGAGACUGUCAGCCGGAAGAUCACGGUAGACAUUUCUCAAGGGUUGUCAACGCUCAGCUUCCAUUCAGUCCGAAGGGAAGACACAGCCAUGUACUAUUGCUGUGUGUCUGCCCCAUCGGCCGGCCACCACCAGUCUUGCGGCACGUACCUCUGGGUCCGGAGGCCCCGACCAGCCUCUUUCCUGAACAUGACGGAAGGCGUCAAAAAUAAGAUCAUCACAGCUGAGGGUUUCCUGCUACUCAUCUGUGCCAUUGGUCCUGGUCUUUUUUUGCUCUUCAGGAAGAGAUGGGAAAACGAGCGCCUUUUACAAGCCAAGAAGAAGGCUUAUGAAGAGGAGAACAUAUAUGAGGGACUGAAUCUGGAUGACUGUUCCAUGUACGAGGACAUUUCACGGGGGCUGCAGGCCACCUACCAGGACAUAGGGAACGUGAAAGUGAUUGAUCUGCAGCUGGAGAAGCCAGAGAAACCGUGAUAGAAAAGGACUUUGCUUUGCAUUCACUUUCCAGGCACAUAGUAUAAACAGACCAUUUUGAGUCCUGAAUAUUCUCCCUCACUUUAUCCUGCUGAGGAGAAUUGAGGGCAGGCGUGGAAGCAUUCUAUAUUCUCCUUCUCCAGGAUACUCACACUUGUAUAACUAUGUCAGGUUUACAGUAAGAAGGCUGAGAAGAACUUAUUGAUUCUGCUUUGUGAAAGAUCUGGCUUUGGUAGGAGGGUAAACGAAACAGCUUUCCUGGCAUUUUCUUUUUCCAGACAAAAUAUUCUGACAAGUACUAACUUUUAUCUUCACUUGAAAUCUUCCUAGUCACUUUUCCAUUCUUGGUCUUGUUGGGAAGAGAUGCUUCCCUCCCUUUUUCUAGGAAAAUUUGUUCCAAGAGGUAAAUAACACGUCAGUGAUAUUCACCAAAUGCUGCACAACUGAGAAGCUUAUAGGAUUAAUUCAUUUAGAACUUGUUCCUACUCCUACUUUCCCUUCUGAAAUUGUGGUUUAAGAGAGGCCUAUUUAUAGUGCAGCUGAUUUGGAAGCAUGCUCAGUGUGUUCAGUUCAAAUGUAUAUUUUCCCCCAAUUGUUGAAUGCUGAAGGAAAUUGGGCUAUAGGUUUGCAGCAAAAUCCAGCUGUAUAUGGUGCUGAUUGGACAAUGCUUCAAGACACACAUGAACAAUAAUUAAAUAGUACGUAGACUGCCUCAAUCAUGGGAUAGGAUAAAAAAACUGAUAGCUUAUCCAACAUUUGCUUUGGUAGAAGCCAGGAAAAGGCUGAAAUCAUAUCAUGGGUGAAAAACCUAUGCAACUUUUGUUUCAAUAUUAUAUUUGUCUUCAUCUUUGAUCUGCUACUUGUAUGCUUUCCCAUUCUUGUAUAGGAAAAAGUUGUAACAUUGUUAAUAUUGUAGGAUUUUUGUAUUUUUAUUUUUUGAUAGAUUGCACUAUGAACCUCCCCUGCUUUCUGCAAAGACCAAAGGAGAGCUGGAGAGAGCUAAUGAGGCUUGGGCCUGACUUGUGUCUAAGCGUAAUAGGGUUAAACAAUGUGAUACUUUCCAGAUGUUUUGGACUACAAUUCCCAUUACCCCCUACCAUUGUCUAUGUUGGCUGGAUUGAUGGGAGUUAUAGUCCAAAAACAUAUGGAGGACACUAUGUUGGGUAUCUCUUGCUUUGGAAAACCAAUGAGUUUUAGGUUUUCAUGGAGACAAUGAUAAAAGUAACCAGACGUUUCACAGUGCUUGGUUAUUUUCCUAAAGUAAUAGGCUGACCCUCUCUUCUUACCAUGACAUACAAAGCUCUGGUUGUGCAUUACAGUAGAUUGCCAAAGGUGGGUGAAUCGAACCAGUGCCCAGGGAAAUGGUAGCUGACCCCCUGAUAAUACUCUUGAUCCAAGCCCUAGCAUGGGAGACUGUUUGUAAUCCUAUUUUGAUUUAAUCACAGACUAAAUUUCAUUAUUUUUUCAUGUUUUGUCAUCUGGGAUGUUAAUAAAAUAAAUGUUUCACUAUUA